AUGAAAGUCAUUUCAUUCUUGUUGCCAUUCUUAUGCCUAAUAAUUACAAAGUGCAGUGGGGAAAAUAUAUCCCAAACUUUGGAUUUUUCAAACAAUGUGUUCGAGGAUACUGAUUCAAAUCAAACAAAUUUGGCAGAUAACAAUUUAGUGAUCAUUGAAGAUGAUACUUACUAUCUUGGCAUUGCAUCGCUGACCUUAACCUCUUGUCCACAGGCAUUUGGUGUAGAAGGCAUUUUUGAAAUUACUGUUCCUGACCUCGAUCCGUUCCCAGUUCUAUGUGAUGCUCAAAUAGCAGGAGCAGGAUAUACAGUAAUCGCUAGUCGAUCAAAUGUAGAGCUCAAUUUCUUUAGAAAUUGGACGGAAUACAAACGAGGAUUUGGAGAUUUUUCGGGAGAUUUCUUCAUAGGUCUCGACAAACUGCAUGCUAUCACGAAAUCACAGAACUAUGAGUUAUAUGUUCAUUUGGAGGACUUUGAAGGAAACACUCGAUUCGCCCGAUACGACGAAUUUUAUAUUGAAAAUGAAAAUGAAUCGUAUAAGAUGAGCAAAUUAGGAACAUAUACCGGAGACGCGGGAGACUCGUUGAGUUACCACAAGGAUAACAAGUUUUCCACAUAUGAUAACGACAAUGAUACAUGGAAAGAUGAUAAUUGUGCAUUAAAACGGAUUGGUGCCUGGUGGUAUGAAGACUGCACCGAUAGCAAUCUCUUUGGAUCCUAUUACUUCAAGGAAAGUGCAUCACUUGCAAGUGGAAUAGUAUGGUACGGUUGGCGUGGAUCGAGGUACUCAUACAAAACCAUGAAAAUGAUGAUGCGACCCAAAUGUUUGUGUUCGUAGACCAACAAUAAUCAGUUUAACUCGAUUUCCAGCUUAUUUGAAUUGUAAUAAGUAAAUUUUAUUUGUAUUUUAAAAUGUUACAAUGAUAACAUUAAAGAUCCUGAUGUAUAUUUACAUUUGUGUUUCACCAAGAGGUUGUUAA